AUGGUCGAGAAAGAGGUCGAGAAUGAUCAGGCUGUGGCGAUCGAGGAGGAUGGGAGAACCGUGCAGGGUGAUGUGGUCGAUUGGGCUGGCGAGGACGAUGUCGAAAAGCCGCUGAACUGGACGAACAAGCGGAAGGCUAAGCAGAUUGUUGUGAUAUGCUACAACACGUUCCUCACGCCAUUAGGCUCCACAAUGUUUGCGCCCGCAAUCCAGCAAGUCAUGACAACGUUCCAGUCCUCAAACCCACUGCUUGCCAGUUUUGUCGUCUCGGUCUGGGUUCUUGGGUAUUUCUUCGGACCACUUGUCAUCGGGCCAUUGUCGGAGCUCUACGGUCGACUGCCCAUAUAUGCCAUAUGCAGCGUAUUGUUCGUACUUGCCAACGUUGCUACGGCACUUGCGCCUUCGCUAGGAUCUUUGAUCUUCUUUCGGUUUCUGGCUGGCACUUUUGGAGCGUCGCCCAUCACCAUUGGCGCAGGCACGUUUGGGGAUCUGAUCAAGCCGCAGCAUCGAGGAGGCAUCAUCGCGAUUUGGUCUCUUGGACCGUUGCUAGGCCCUAUCCUCGGACCAAUUGCGGGCGGAUAUCUUGGUGAGGAUGCAGGAUGGAGGUGGAUCUGUUGGGUUCUCGCAAUCGCCGCUGGCGUCGGCAGUGUCGCCACCAUUGUCUUCCAGGAGGAAACCUACCCGGUCGUAUUACUAGAACGCAAAGCAGCAAGACUACGGAAAGAGACCGGGAACGAAAAUCUGACUUCCGCUCUAGCUGGCGCAAAGAUGAAACCGCGCGAGGUCUUCGCACGAGGAAUCAUUCGGCCCAUGAGACUUUUGAUCUUUAGUCCCAUCGUAGCAUCUCUGAGUAUCUACCAAGGCCUCGUGUAUGGCUUCAUGUACUUACUUUUCACGACGUUCCCCAUCGUCUUCCAAUACCAGUACGGCUUCAGCACUGGAACGAUUGGGCUGACGUAUCUCGGAAUGGGUGUCGGUUCAUUAAUUGGCCUCACGUGGGGCGGUGUAUGGUCGGAUGCCUUGUACAAAAAGAAGUCCAAAGAGGGAGCAGGAAGAUGGAAACCAGAAUAUCGUCUGCUGCCGUUGGUGCCGGGUUGCCUAUUUAUCCCGAUAGGACUGUUCUGGUAUGGCUGGUCUGCGCAAGCUAAAGUACACUGGAUUGUCCCAAUUGUGGGCACGAUGUUCAUGGGGGUUGGCGUGAACAUGGUUAUGAUGUGCAUUGUCACAUAUAUCAUUGAUUCGUACCCUUUGUAUGAAGCGUCUGCUUCUGGGGCUCUGACGGCGGUCCGAUCUCUCAUCGGCGCCCUCGUACCUCUAUUCGGUCGCUCAAUGUACCAAGCUCUGAAUCUGGGUUGGGGCAACAGUUUAUUGGGGUUUCUAGCGCUAGCUAUGUGCCCUUUACCAUGGCUCUUCCUAAUGUACGGAGAAAGAAUACGGACGAACCCAAGGUUCCAGGUAAAGAUGUAA